AUGAAUUUCUACUUAAGUUUCCUUUGCACCGUUUUGGAUGGGUUUAGCUGUCUUUACAUAAUUGUCAACCUAGGAAUCCCUGCUUUGAUAUCCACGAUCAUCAUUAAAUCCGCAACCUCCAUCCAAAGCUACUCCGGAAGUUUCUAUCUAAAUGGAAUUAUCUGCUCAUUCUGGCUUUGUAGCCGCAUAGGUGUCAGUCUCUUCAGGCUUUUCAAAGGUCAAAAACGCCUCUCCAGGAAAAAGUUACAGCGACAAGGUGUGAUAAACAGCAUCUCCGCAAAGCUUUGUGGUCUUAAGACCCCGCUAGAGAGGGUAGACGAGGUUACUUCUCUGUCAAUGGCCCAGCUUCGACAUCGCAUCGUAGUCUUAAAGGACCUUAGCUCUCUUGAAUCUCUGGAAGCCCUCCAAGUCCACCUAAUCCGUCUGAUGCAUUCUCCAUCCAGUUGCAUUGCGGAAAUAGUCUUCGACGCCGAUGUUACUGCCAUAGUAGCUGAUCAUAUGCUCAAACAGAAUCAGAGACCUCUCAGUGCUCUCCAUGGUAUUCCUGUAUGCCUCUCCAACUGCUUCUCGAUUAAGGGUGAAGAUUGCAAUACUUCUACGGUAUUUAAGGCUGGUUAUAGUCAAGACGCGGACUGCUGUCUGGUUCAAGAUCUCCGUAAAAUUGGUGCAAACCCGGUUGCUCUUGCAACCACAGGUCUACUUCCUGGUGAGCCGGACGCUUCUAGCAGGCUCUAUGGAACAGUUCGGCAUCCUACCCAUCCCAAUCGCGUUGUGGGUUCCACCUCUAUCGCCGUCAUUGUGCAACAGAAGGGGGCCUUUCUUGGCUUCGGUCUGGAUAUUCUGGGUGACGUGCGUCUGGCUGCUGCAAAUGUAGGAGUGGUGGGUUUUAAACCUACAACUCAACGUUUAAGCAUUGAGGGGGUUGUGAAUGUAGUUAAUUUCCCCAAAUUUUUACCUCCUACAGUAGGAAUUGUUGGUUUACACGUUUCUGACAUUACGGAUGCAAUGAUUUCGCUUGCCUCAGUUCACACUGAUCUCCUUACACCCCCUGUGCCCUUCAAAGCAGAUAUGGCUAAAAAAAAUCUUGUUAUCGGUGUCUGUAGAAGUUAUUCUAGCAUUAUUCCAGUUGUUCCAGCUGUAGAAAGAGUUAUGAUCAUAGCAGAGGCUGCGCUUAAAGCUAAAGGACAUAAUGUUGUUGACGUUGAACUUCCAGAACCUGAGGAAGCUGUGCUCCUAGCUCUUCAAGUCGUCCUUUCUUGUUGCUCCUACUGGAAUGUCCACAUUGGACAGCAUCAUGGAAGCAGUUUAACUUGGGACGAAAUCAUCAAGUGUUGUCUUCCAAAAAUUCCGCUUUUUCUGCGAGGUCUAUUCAGUCUGGUUAUUCAGUGGCAGCAGAAAGCCAAAUGCAAUAAAAUGAAACGGCUACUGAAAGUUUGGAAUAAGCCACUUUCCGCCGAAUCUAUUCACAAGGCUUUGGAAACACAUUGUCGCAAAUUCUCUGACCUGUGGUCUGACGAGGAAAUCGACCUUCUCAUCGGACCAGCAGCGCCAGCUCCUGCUCUGCUGAAAGAAUCUUCAGCCAGUUUAGCUUUCUUACAAGCUGGCUACUCUACCAUCUUUAACAUCGUAAACUGUCCAGCUGGUGUGGUUCCAUUAGGUAGAGUUACUCAGGAGGAUAUCAAGCAGGCAGUAGAGGUGCAAGCGCCUCCCCACUCCCUUGAAGCUCAGCUGCUGGAACAGCAGAAAACUGCAGAAGGUUUACCGCUGGCGGUUCAGGUGGUUGCUAAGCCCUGGGCUGAUGAGCUUGCACUUCGUGUAAUGCAGGAAUUAGAAGAAGUUUAUCAACAUUAA